UCUAAUUACCAUACGCAAGAGGCGGUCUUGCUGCAGAAAAUUACCCCAAGAUAUUCUUAAUAGCCGGGACCAGGCGUUGCCUAGACGAACUGGUCGAUGUUUGAAAUAUUUUUCCCGAGCUCUGGUUAGUUUUAUCAGCAGCCUGUCGUUUUGUGUACACGCGGCAGUCGGUCGUGCAUAUCGCCUGUAGCACGUCAGAUUCCACAGUCCACGUGGUUGUGCUAGAGAGAGAAGCAUGUAUGCCGUAAUAGUACUGGGUUCCUUCGCCGUAAGUUGGGCGAUACAGGACGUUAUCUCGCCCGUGUUGUCGGCUAAGAUGUCGUCUGCGUACCGCAGUCUUUCUGCGAAGGAUAGGGCUGACUGGAACAACAGACUCCUAUCGUCUUGCGCCUCUAUUGUGUUGGGCGCUCUUGCCGUGUAUGGAUUCCUGAGGGACAGCGGACUGAAGCCGGAUGUUGUCAGAUACGAGUCGCCCUACAUGAAAGUGGCCUGUGCAAUAGUAGUGGGAUAUGUAGUUGCAGACCUGAUCAUCAUCGCGUUCCGUUACCGGUACCUGGCCACGCCCCUCAUGAUCCUGCAUCACGUGGUCACAGCCGUAACCUGCAUCCUGUGUGGCCUGAUGAGUCCUCUCGCCCACUUCUAUGGCAACAUGCAGCUGUUAGCUGAGUUGUCAAACCCUCUACUUCAUCUAAGACGCCUGUUGACACUAUCUGGGUGGUCCUACACCUCCCCGCCCCAUGUUGUGACCAGCCUGGCCUUCAUGACCAUGUUCUUCCUGGUGCGAGUGGCGACCAUCCCGGUCUGCUGGUACGGCUGGGUCUACCUCCUCAUGCCGCAGCCCGAGUACGGUCGCGCCGAGUACGCCACGGCCUGGAGGAUCGCCAUCGCGCUGGGCGUCGUGCUACACGGCCUGUACCUGUACUGGUUCUACACAAUAUGUCAAAUGGCCAAGCGGUCUGUACAGUCGUUAUUGCAAAAAGAGGCGGUGAAAAAAAAGUAGAAAUUCCAUAGCCUUGUUUGCCAGGAGUUGGUCCAGCCACACAAUCAAAGACAGGUUAGGAAACGGAUAGAUCCGCCUGGACCAAGGCCUGGUUAACAAGGUUAAUGCCAUAGUACGGUAUAGUGAUUUUUGAAAAUAAACACUCAGGUAUAUUUUUGUUUAUAUUUAUGAUGGUAAAAAACUGACAAAAACAAAAUGAGACGGGUGCAACGGGUGAAUUUAGUUUAUGAAUAGUCACCUUGAAAAUGUAUUUAAUGUCGUUGAUACAGACGCCGGUUAUGGCAAUGAUGAAGCCAAAAGUUUUCUCCAGUAACGUAGGCAUUUUUAAUGCUUGUUACUCAAAUGGAUAAACUGUGUAGUAUUUUAACAUGGGAAACAACCUACAUCAUCAGGAUGACAUGCUUAGCCAACCAGUGAGCAGAAGAAUGCCACAAUUUAUUCUUAUAUUGUCCAUAACUUAAGGGAGGUCAGUGUAUGAUCUGAUUUAGCAGUGAUCAUCUGAAGCCAAAAUUUAUUGCCUUUUCAUUAGAUUAAGUCAGGAUAUAGGGAGCGCAGUUCUAUACUUUCACAUGAUGUGCAAUAUCACCAUUCUACAACUGUGCUUGCCAUACCUCGACUAGAUAAGACAACAUGGCGAUAUGUCUGGCUAAGAUACUCUGCCACCUUACAGGCUAGGAUAGAGGAGAUUGAGACUCUUUGGUUGCUGGUUGGCUGAUCACGCCAAUUUGAUGACGUAUUUUGUAGCCGGUAUAUAAGUGCACAACUAAAUGGUGUCGUGUUGUGAUAGUAUACUGUUGUCGGAGGGAAAUGCUGCUAAUAAAUAGUGUCAUGAAGCACAUUGGCAGAAUGUACUGCACCUGCACGAAACCCGUAAUGUAUUGUACAUAGCACUUCAGCAGAAUGUCUCAUAUAAAGUUGGAUUCGCUCAUAUAAGGUUAACAUUUCGACAGUAGUUUCCAAAUGUUGUGUCGGAAAGAAUAUCCUCUGCAACAGGCAAAAUUAUAAUGCAACGUUGACCAAAAAUCCAUCAAAAAGAGUGAAAAUACGGGGUUCUAUGUAGUCGCAGUACUUUCUGCCGACGUGCUGUGUCAUGACCAGGAUAGUCUAAGAAAAGUCAUCAUGUGACUUGGUUUUCAUGACUUGUAUGUAGGUCUUGAUUCCAGAAAGAUUAAAUGAAUUGGGAGCCAUUUUCUAUAGAUUUCAAUUGAAUAU